AUGGCAAUAACAAGGCGUGGCCUUUCUGGUCUUCAAAGGGAGGUUUUGGCACUUUAUCGACAAUGUAUUCGGGAGAUUCGGAAGAAGCCCGAGACUGCGCGGCCUCACUUUCAAUCUUUUGCCAGGACAGAAUUCGAAAGGUACAUCACUGUGGACAAGCGCGACUUCUCCGUUGUAGAGCAUUUGUUGCGGAAGGGCCGCCGCCAACUCGAGACGUAUUCUUCACCAAGCAUCAAGGACAUCAGCCGGUAA